UAUAUUUGUGACAUUCAUUAGUAGUGCGUUUCUUUUUCAAAAAAGGAGGGUUAUUGGUUUGUUCGAAUGUUCACUUAAGGCCACGACACCUUAAGUUUUGAAAAUUGCAAUAUGGAUUUUGACUCGGCUUUGGAAAUCGCUGGAUCUUUUGGUCCGGCGCAACUGAUGCUGGUUAUCUUCGCCGGUUUUAUGUCAGCUUACAAUGGAUGGCACGCCUACAUUGUUGUAUUUGUAGGACUUGAUAUUGACUUCUCUUGUGCCGAUGGGCCAGGAGUUUCCAAGUAUCCCUUUCAAAACAACUCGGCUUUGGACAAAUGUGAUGAAAGCUGUCAAAAAUUAAUAUUUGAAGACGAUACCGGAUCAAUUUAUAAAGACUACGUUUUGGUUUGUAACAACCAACAAAUCCUGGCGACUGUAUCGACUUCAGCAUACUGGUCGGCAUUUCUCAUUUCAACCCUAACGUGUGGCUCCAUUAGCGAAAAAUUCGGCAGAAAAUGGCCAUCAGCAAUUUUGGUUUUUCUUCAAUUCUUUUCGACACUCGCCACUACGUUUGCACCAGAUAUCUAUUCCUACAUUGCGAUGCGUUUCGUUUCGGGAUUUUGCAGCAUUUCAUCUUAUCUUGUAAUGCUAAUUCUGACAGAAAAUGUGUCGAAACAAUACGUGCCAAAACUAGAAAUAACCAAUCAGCUCAUGUUUGUGAUUGGACAAAUCGCGUGUGUUCUAAGUGCAUUCGUAUUUGAGGAAUCAUGGCGCAAACAGUUCUUGACAUUGGCACUUCCCUUAAUUCCCUUUAUGUUUUUCCAGGUGUUUCUCCUCCCAGAAAGUGCGAGGUGGCUUGAAUCCGUUGGCCGAAUAAACGAAGCGGAAUAUAACUUAAAAUGGAUUGCCAAGUACAAUGGAAACCCGACCAAAGCGAUUAACUUGACUAAGCCUGAUUCCGAAUCAAGUUUGCUUUUGCGCGAGGAGCAUGAAAGCUCGAAACAAAAAGACGACUCCUUCAAUCAAAAGUACCAAAAAGAGACUGGAACAUCUCUCAAAAUGAGCGUUUUGGAUCUAUUCAGAACGUUGCAUAGCUGUGUUCUAACAGCCGUCAACAUGUUAGCAUGGUUUGCAUGCAGUAUGGUUUAUUUCGGCCUAAUUUUCAAUGUGAAAAAGAUUCAUGGUAAUCUUUAUUUGAACUCACUUCUCUUGUCUUUGGUUGACGUCCCAUCAUGGUUCGUUUCAAAAUCGAUCAAUAGAUGGGGUCGAAAGACAGUCUUUUAUAUUGCCUUGUUUGUUGCAUCAGCGUUUUGCGCAGGUGUUCCCUUUAUAGGUGGCUCAGUUCAAAUCGUGUUUGCAAUGGCCGGCAAAUGUCUCGCGACUGCAUGUUACAGCAUUCUAUUCGUCCAUUGUCCCGAACAGUUUCCGUCGUCGAUGCGAAACGCUGGAAUGUCGCUAUGCUCGGCUGCCUCUAAAAUUGCUUUAAUUCUGACUCCUUUUGUGCUGAAAAUGAACUUGGGUGGACCUUUUUCGGGAGAUACGACUCCAUUUGAGAUCUUCUCCUUCGCUGGAUGCUUUGCAGGAGUGACUGUUUGUCUGUUCGGAGUGGAGACGAAAGAUAAGCCGACAGUCGAAACUAUUGAAGACUACGAACAUCUGGCAUCUCCUCGGAGAAAAACUCUGGACGAACAUGAUUCACUGUAGAAGACUUUAAAAACAAAAAAAAAACACAAAAAAUUGUCGCAAGGAUAACUAAAUACUACUAUUCAUGAUCAUAGAAAACUUUGAUUUUAAAAACGAUUUUUAAAAAAAUAAACAUUCAGGUGGAAAAAAAACAAGAAAUA